GCCUCGGCCGAUUCUCUGCCUAUUUGGCUGGAGGCCGGUGGAUACCCGAGGGAAGCGUAGGAAGUUAGAAUUCACGGUAUAACCCCAGCCAGGGAGCGAGCCUUUGCCGGAGCCGGAGCCAGAACCCCCCCCCCGGACGAUCGGGCCGGAGCGGAGCUGCCAGACCCCUUACAGUGACGAAGACAGCAUAGCAUAGUGAGAGGAGAGCCACCCUAAAGCCAGGAAGACCUGGAAUCAAGUCCUGCCUUUAACACCCCCUGGCUGUGUGACCCUGAGAAGAGAAAAGUUGGUCAUCAGACUGGACCCAAUAUUUGAACAGAAAAUGGAGAGCACAAUUGGUGAGCAUAUGGUGCCCAAGCCUGAAGAAAAACAAGUGGCAGAAAACAUUAGUGACCAGCAGCAGGCCAAGAAAUGUACUGUGAUCGGGGGCUCUGGGUUUUUGGGCCAACAUUUGGUUGAACAGCUGCUGGCCAGAGGCUACACAGUCAACGUCUUCGACAUCCGGCAAGGAUUCGAGAACCCCAAGGUGAACUUUUUCCUGGGAGACCUCUGCAGUAAAAAGGAUCUAUACCCUGCUCUGAGGGGGGUGAAGACAGUUUUCCACUGUGCAUCGCCAGCACCAUCUUCUGAUGAUAAGGAGCUCUUUUAUAGAGUGAACUACACUGGCACCAAGACAGUCAUCGAAGCAUGCAAAGAGGCUGGAGUUCAGAAAUUCAUUUUAACCAGCAGCGCCAGUGUCGUCUUUGAGGGCGUCGACAUCAAGAAUGGGACUGAGGACCUCCCGUAUGCCAUGAAACCCAUCGACUACUACACUGAGACCAAGAUCUUGCAGGAGAGAGAGGUGCUGAAUGCCAAUGAACCCAGCAGUAAUUUCUUAACCACAGCAAUCCGCCCUCAUGGCAUCUUUGGCCCAAGAGACCAGCAGCUGGUCCCCAUCCUUGUUGAGGCAGCCAGGAGUGGCAGAAUGAAGUUUAUGAUUGGGAAUGGGAAGAAUUUAGUGGAUUUCACCUUUGUGGAAAACGUGGUCCAUGGCCACAUCUUGGCUGCAGAACACCUUUCCUCAGACUCCGGCUUAUGCGGACAGGCUAUUCACAUCACCAAUGAUGAGCCGGUCCCUUUCUGGGCCUUCCUGUCCCGUAUUCUAACAGGCCUGAACUACGAGGCUCCGAAAUACCACAUCCCUUACUGGUUGGCUUACUACCUGGCCUUCUUCUUGUCUCUGGUGAUCAUGGUGAUCAGUCCUCUCAUCAAGGUCAAGGCUACCUUCACACCCAUGCGAGUGGCACUGGCUGGCACGUACCACUAUUACAGCUGUGAGCGAGCCAAGAAGCUGUUGGGCUACCAGCCACUGGUCACCUUGGACCAUGCUGUAGAGCGCACCGUGAAGAGCUUCUACCAUCUGCGCAAGGCCAACUAAAGUGCACCCACCCCCAGCAAAUACCCCCUGGGGAAGUGAUAGCUCACUCUUUUUUCCAGCCUGCACCUUGGGCCUCUGCUACUAAAAACAGGUUUCUCUUGGACUGGGGCCUUCUCUCUUUGGCAAAAGGGUAGAACUUCUGGUGCCUUAUUCUGAAUGGUACUGCUUGGGGGGAGGGAAGGGACAGUAUUGACCUUGGUAAGAACCAGCCCCCUUUGUAAUUCCUUCAGAUAAGGCAGCUGCCAAUUCCACCUCCCCCUUGCCCUGACCACAGUUUUCUGUUCUCCUUUUGCCCCUCUCCUCCAUUGUGCUGUCAUUUGGGCCCACCUUCAACGUUAUUUGCACUCUGACCACCCCAUCCCCCCCCCACAUCCUUAUUACCAUUCUGUGACCUCCCCCACCACCAUCCUGGAUUCACUAGCCUCCCCCAUUACUGUCUUUCUGGGCUCUUUGGCCUCCGCUGACCCCCCCAUUUUGUGCUAUCUGACACCCAUCCCUGCCUCAAUUUUGUGUUCUGACCACCCGCACCACCUCCAUUUUGUACUCUCUGAUUUCCUGUACCAUCCCUUUUCUGUGCUCUCUGACAUGCCCCACCACCCUCAUUCUGUGCUCUCUGACCUCCCCCGCCACCCCCAUUCCGUGUUCUCAGACUACCACCCCCAUUCUGUGCUCUCUGACCUCCCCCGCCACCCCCAUUCCGUGUUCUCAGACUACCACUCCCAUUCUGUGCUCUCUGACCUCUCCCUCCACUCCCAUUCAGUGUUCACAGACUACCACCCCCCUACUGGGCUCUCUGAGCUGCCACGCCA